GCUCGGCGCGCAGCCGUUGGAUGGCGCUGCUGCCGCUGCCGCUGUUGGAUGUUUCGGAAUGUGCGGCGCAGGUUUCGCCCGGGUUCCGCUCGGCUAGCGGCACGGGAGCGCAUCUGGCCGGAGGGAGCACAUCUGGAGCAAGACGCAAAGGCUUUGAAGAGAGUUAAGGUUCUGUUCUCGUGACUCUGUUGAGGAGCUUUGAAGAAGAGCACACUGGCUUGGCUCUCAGAAGUCUCCCUCACUCCAGGAUCAGAGUGAAAUACCGGCACACACACAGAUACACUGUAAACCAGUACAGCCACUGCAGAAAGCAAAUGGCCCAGUCUUAACCAGGCCACUCAGUGCAACUGACCCCACUUCAUCAUCUCAGGUGGAGUCAGCAGGAUUGUUGUGACGUCUAGCUUCUAAGAGAGGGAACGUCGCUGUCCUCUGCACACCUCCACACAGUUGUUCAUUUCUUGGUUUCUCACUCCAUCUGUACGAGUCCUUCAGGCAUAAGGAGGAGGGAGUUAAGCCACAUGUACAGCUCUCACAUGGGAGUGACAUAGGAGCCAGUCUAGCACUGAUAACUCUGCCUUUUCUCUCUUACAUACACACGUGCACAUUCAUAUUAGUCACACGCUUGCUUGGCCACACCCCCACGCCUGGUUCAGGAUGAUGCCGUCCUACUCCUGCUUGUUUGGCUGGGGAAGGACGUGGCCUUGGUGGUGAUUGGCUGAGGCAGUGGAGCUGGACCCAUGUCGUGGAAGCGGAACUACUUUGCUUCAGGCAGCAGCGGGCUGCAGGGGAUGUUCACCCCGCGCACCAUGACCUCCAUCGCUCCCAGCAAAGGCCUUAGCAAUGAGCCGGGCCAGAACAGCUGCUUCCUCAACAGCGCACUGCAGGUACUUUGGCAUCUUGACAUCUUCCGCAGGAGCUUCCGGCAACUGACCACACACAAGUGCAUGGAGGACUCGUGCAUUUUCUGUGCUCUCAAGAGCAUCUUUGCCCAGUUCCAGUUUAGCAAUGAGAAGGUGCUGCCGUCGGAUGCUCUUCGCAGUGCUCUGGCCAAAACUUUCCAGGAUGAGCAGCGCUUCCAGCUGGGCAUCAUGGAUGACGCUGCUGAGUGCUUUGAGAACCUCUUGAUGCGUAUCCACUUCCACAUCUCCGAUGAGACUAAAGAGGACAUCUGCACAGCCAAGCACUGCAUCCCUCACCAGAAGUUUGCCAUGACUCUGUUUGAACAGUGUGUGUGCAACAGUUGUGGAGCUACGUCGGACCCUCUCCCCUUCAUUCAGAUGGUACACUACAUCUCCACCACGUCUCUCUGCUGCAGUAACCAGGCCGUGCGGAUGCUGGAGUGCAGGGAGAAGCCCACACCGGACAUGUUUGGGGAGCUUCUCCGCAAUGCCAGCACUAUGGGAGACCUGCGCAACUGCCCGAGUAACUGUGGAGAAAUGUUGCGAAUCCGCCGGGUUCUGAUGAAUUCUCCUGAAAUCAUCAGCAUUGGCCUGGUUUGGGACUCGGACCACUCGGACCUGGCCGAGGACGUCAUCCAUAGUCUGGGCACCUGUUUGCGUCUGGGGGAUCUGUUCUACAGAGUGACAGACGACCGGGCCAAGCAAUCAGAGCUCUACCUGGUGGGCAUGGUGUGUUACUACGGAAAACAUUACUCCACCUUCUUCUUCCAAACCAAGAUACGCAAGUGGAUGUACUUCGAUGACGCACACGUCAAAGAGAUUGGACCCAAGUGGAAGGACGUGGUGUCACGCUGUAUAAAGGGCCAUUACCAGCCGCUGCUGCUACUCUAUGCUGACCCCCGGGGGACACCUGUGUCAUCGCAGGAUGUGCCCUCAGCUCAGCUGGACCUGCACCACUGCAGCAAGGCGGGCUACGACAGUGAGGACUCUGGGAGGGAGCCGUCUAUCUCCAGUGACACACGCACAGAUUCUUCCACAGACAGUUACAGUUACAAGCACUCACGCUCGCACCAUGAAUCUAUGGCCUCCCACUUCUCCUCCGACUCUCAGGGAACUGUGGUGUGUAAUCAGGACAGCAGCGGCUCUCAGAACAGCAUGGACUCUGCAGGCGAGGUCCUGAAAGAGCAGUCCACACCUACGUCCACACCGAGGCCCUCCUCCACAGGCCGGCUACAGGACUAUAAGGAGACAGUGAGCAUCAUGAUCCACAGCCGCCCGCUCUCCUCGUCCUCUAGCUCGGGGGUGGGGGGGUCUGAGGCUGGAGCACGGGCCAGAGACUGGGAGGAUGAGAGCACCAGCAGCGAGUCAAAGUCUAGCUCCAGCGGGGGGCGCUACCGGCCAUCUUGGAGGCCCAGGAGAGAAGCCUUGAACAUUGACAGCAUCUUCAGCAGGGACAGGCCACGGCCAGGAGGCUACAGCUCUUUGGGUGCCUCCCCGCUGCCAGAGGACGCAGCAGCACAGACCCACGGGGAGGCUGUGUCAGGGCCAGGAGCAGAGGAUCCCACAGCAGGGCAGGCGGGGAAUGGGACAGAUGGGGCAGGGGACAGGUUUAAUCUGGGAGUGGGGCGUCUGGCUGCCCCGCCUGCUCUGAGAGGUGCGGAGCAGCAGCCACGGCUGAUUCAGAGGAUGGAGAGUGGCUAUGAGAGCAGCGAGAGAAACAGCAACAGCCCCAUUAGUAUGGACAUGCCUCUCAAUGACAACCCCAGCACGAGUGCAACCAGGGAGGCGAGCGGUAAGAGGGCCCUGACUUCAGGGCCAUCAUGGCGCACAGUGCCAAAGUCCAAGAGCAGUAGUGCCAUCUUGCAGGAACUACGAUCCCCUACAUGGAGCAGAAGCCCCACCGGCCUGGGAGAGGGCCGCAGUGAAUUGGACGAGCUGCAGGAGGAGGUGGCUCGCAGAGCGAGGCAGCAGGAGCUCCAGAGGAAGAAGGAGAAGGAGAGAGAGGCAGCCAUGGGCUUUAACCCCAAACCCAGCAAGUUCAUGGACCUGGAUGAACUUCAGCACCAGGGGAAGGGGGGCAGUUUUGAGCGCUGCCUGGCUGAGGCGGACGCUCUGUUAGAGCAGUCGCUGCGCCUGGAGCAGGCUGGAGACCCAGCCGCCGCCCUGGCGCUCUCGCACCACGCUGUGUCUAAACUAAGAUUUUCCAUGCAUGAGGGCAGUGCUAACACUCAUAGCAGGACUAUGGCUGCUGACGCCAAGCUGCAAAAAUGCAUGAGGAGAGCGCGGGGCCUACAGCAGCGCAUGCAGCAACAGCCAGAGCAGCCGCAGGAGCCCAACCGCCCACAGGGGGCCUCCAGUGAACAGCCUGGCCCGGUCCAAAUACUGCUGACAGACAAUCCGGAAGAGGUGUGGGAAGCCAGUCAGGACGCUGCCCUUGGCCCGCCACCUCCUACCCAGAUGAAGCCGCCCCCCUCUAAUUUGCUCUCUGCAUUGAACUGCCCAUCGCUUGGUAGUCCCCACCCUUCUGCACCUCACACAUGCCCUCAAGACUCCACCCAAGGCAGUGACUGGUCAUUGCGUAAAGAGGAGGAAUGGGGGGGCAUUAGAUUGUCAGAUGUUCUGCAGGCCUCAGGGGUGCGGAUCAGGCCCAUCCGGAAACAUUUGGCCAUCUCCCUGCCCUCUCUGCCUCUGGACUUCUGGGGGCUUUUGGGUGAGGAUAGAGAGAUGUCCCAGCAGCAGCAGCCCCCCCCUCCACCUUCCUCCCCUGCCCCACCACUGUGGAGGAGCACCUCUCAUAGCCCAGACUGGAGCUCCCAUCCAAGGGUAGCCUCCAGCCCACAAUCUGACCCUUCCCAACCUGAGACAGGACAGGAGCAUCCCCGAGCCCCUAUAUGGCAGCCCUUACGCAACACUCCUUCACCCCGCUCGUCUUUCCCAUCCCACUCUAGCUCCAGGCAGGCCCCUGCUGCUGCUCCAGCACGUCAUUGGUCUUCCUGGAGCCUGGACCGUCCUGAUGCUGUGGUCACUCCCCAUGAGACGCCACCAGAUCAGAGCCACCUUGUCACAUCCUCUCAACACUCUCCUGGAUGGCAUAUUCCACCACGCAGCCCCCCACUGAGGAACAAGAACAUCCUCAAGCACCCUUUCUCCCAGCAGGACCCAAACCUGGAGCCUGAAGACCAGGAGCUUUCUGAGCUGGACUCACUGUACCAGGCCAGUCUGCAGGCAGGCCAUGGCCCGAGCCGAGCCCUGCAGAGAACCAGCUCUCCAGCCUCAGGGAAACCAGUUCCUCCUGCUGCGAGGAAGCUGCUCUCUGGGGUGGGGCGCUCGCGGACCCCCACAGCUGAGCUGGAGAGAACUGCAUUUGGACCACCAGGCUGUCGCAGUCCCACUGCAUACCUGAAUAUGCCACACUCAAUGGCAGAUCAGGAGCAGUACGAUGCUGAACACCUGCACCACAUUGCUCGUAGCCUGAGCGGGACCACCAUUGGACGACGGCAGGACCGCCUUGCUGUCUCCCGCAGCUUUCGGGGGGAUACCAUGGUCACAUCAUGUCACAUUUCCCCUCAGUUUUCUUACUCACAUAAUCCUCCUGUGUGUCCAUUAGCCCAUCAUGUCUUCCAUCUGCACCAUCUGCAUCCUCCUGCCCCUCCACCGCCUGUACCCCAGCAGCCUGGGCUUUAUGUGGAUGUUGCAGGACGUGUCCAGAGGGUCCCCGAGCUUCUGGCUGUGUUUGACCGGCGUCAAGCUCUCUCCGGUGGGCAGCGCUACGGUCCAGCACUGAACCAUGGCGGCCAAAUGUCAUGGGUGUCCUGGCCCGCGACAUCUUUUGAGGCCAGACUUCUCCGCCCCUGGGACAGUCUAUCAGCACUGGACUGGCCAACCACAGGCACGCGACAGGCCAAGUCCUCCAGGACUGAAGCUCCUCCCCAGGCGCAUUUACACCAUCCCUGCAAUCUCCUCCCAGGCCCUAGGGCGUCUACUACUCCCUCAGCUCCUUGCUACACUAAACCCUUGGAGAAUUAGCAGCAGUCCUGGAGGAAUGUAUCCCUGAUCACAUAAGCCACAGCUACUGCUCCAUUAUUGCUUUGCAGGUCAAAAUGAUGGGCUCCUAUCACCUCUAUUACUCCUGUGUCUUCCUUGCUGCUGUCUUUUUAAUUUUUUUUUUUUUUUGUGGGCUACUCUGCCCUCUUUCUCUAGUCAUAUAUAAUGAAUCUGGGACAGCCUCUUCCUUUGGUUCCUCUCCCUCUGCUUCUGUCCUGCACAGCAGUGUGUUAAAAUGCUUUUCCCUCCUGGCCAGUGCAAGCUGCUCUGCUCCCACAGCAUGGCGAAGGAAGGAAAAGAGCCUAACUCUUUCAUCUGUCAGUGCGGUGUCAGAUAGCCUGAUAGAGUGUGCGUGUAUCAUUAGCAGGGGUCAGGCUAACAGCAUGCUGUGGUACAGGAAAGGCUCUGAAACUCAGAAACCUCCCACAGCGGGUCAUCCCACCCCGAGCACUUAACUUAAUUAAACACGCUGUGUGGAGCUGCAGAGCCAGCGAGAGCCAGUGGCAUUCUGGCUAACUUUUAAUAUUGGUAAGUUCCAUUUAGCUUCAUCAUAGCAGACAUGAUUAACAUGAGUGGGUGAGUGUGCGGAUGUGUGUGUGUGUGUGUGCGCAUUUUGGAUCGGGGGGCAUGGCCUCAUCAUUCUCCAAUGAAAAAAUACAAAAACAAGCCAUUACUCUGGUCUCUGCCCUACAAAAGCAAACCCUAUAUAGCCCAUUCAGUCCUUUUCAGAUGAUUCUUUUCUUUUCUUCCUCUCUGUUGUUUUAAAAAGAAUCUUCUAUUUUGUAGGGUGAUGGGUAAGUAGUGUAUAGCUUGUACUGAUUUAUCAACUACGUACUUACUUAAUAGACCCUGUAAAAAGAGCAAAAUGGAAAGGAGCUGUACUUUUUUGUAUAUCUUCAUCUCUCAGCUCUGGUGCUCUGUCAGAGCAGACAUGUGCGUGUGCAGCCCUGGCGUGGAGCGUGGAUGGGACUAACUUAACCUUUUCUUUCUCUUGUAUGGGCAUUCCCUGUAGCACAUACCUGUUUUAUGUCUAGUGUUACAGGCAAAGACUGCUUUACUCGUUGUGACUGAAUAUACACUAAUAAAUGAAUUUAUUGUGAAAGUACGAAAUACUUAAGAAAUAUCCAGAGGAAUGGAGAAACUCUAUGUUAUGACGUUAUGGAAUGUUAAUAAAUUUUAGUGGUUCUAAUUAUCUGCAUUAAGACGAGUAUAGUACACUUCAGAAGUGUAAAGCUGGAGUCAACUGCUAUUUUAAUUCUAUUGACAGUUCUCCCAUUUGUACAGGGAGAUAUGCCAAGUUAAGCUUUCUUUUUAUUUCUUUUGUAACCUGCAGUGACACUGAUAACGUAGCUAUGUGGCUGAGAUACGAUUUUGAAGAUAACAGAAAGUAGUCGGUACUUCUGGCCUAUGGAAGGGAUACAGUCAUUCCAUAUAGUUUUACAUGUCUUUGGAACCUUCCUUUAGAAAUCAGCAUUUGAAAUGAAAGGUCACCUUGUAAGCCAAACUAGUUAAGCAGGGUUUGGCCAAAAAGCUACUGAAUGAAAUUGAAAUAUCUUUACGAACAAUUAAUGAGCAUUUUGCACAUGAAGGACUAGUUUAUGCUCUAAGCAUAUGGUCAUACAUACAAAUAAUUAUUGACAUAUUGUAACUGAGAUUGAUCACAUAGUACUUUGAUUAUCUAACACAUUCUUAAUCUUAUUGAGAUAUGCAUUAUUUUUGCAUUGAAAAAGAAACGAUCUGUAGUUGAUUCCUUUUAUCCACCUAAUUCACUUUAUUUAACUUUUGUCUCGACCAAAGAUUGGCACUAACACAAAGAUAGCCCAUGUUACUAUUUUUUUAAUCUGUCUUAUCAUCUAAAGGAUGUUUCAGAAUGUAGCAGUGGUGGCGCACGAGUAUGCUAUGCAACAAAACGCACUCUCCUGAACCAGCAAAGAGUCAUACUGGGAAAACCCACGUUUUUUUGUUUGUUUGUUUUUUUACAUGUACCUAAUUUUCCUUUUGACUGAGGAAGAAAGUAAUUCCUUGCUAAAUUGUCAAAUAUGUACAUAUUAAUGUCUGUACAAAUAACAGCCUUUGAAUGCUAGCUGUAGCCAGAGAGAGAUGGAUUUCUCGAAGAUGAAACUGCAUUUCAGUGGUUUUCCUGUUUGGGACUCAUUUGUAAAUGCUUGGGGCCGAGGAACUUGUAUUUUUGCAAUAAAGUUAUUACCAAUGCACUCCAGCAGGGGCGCUGCACAACCGCCUAA